AUGAUUCUGUUGCGAAAACUGUUUGCGUUUGCGGGUUCUGCUGUUGCUCUGCAGACCCUUCCCCCCGUGCAAUGGAUAAAGAGCAAUACGUCAUCCGCUGGGUUCUCAAUCCAAGAAGCCCCCAAGAAAAUCUACGUCGAGAGCAGUUUCGCAGAUCAUGCCGACUCGAAGGGUCUGACGCUCAUCCCUCCCUCCGCAUAUGAGUUCGCCGAGACGUUUCGCCGAGACGUUGCCCAACUCUUCGGCGGCGACUGGACGAUCGAGCAGGUCGACAACUUCCCUGAUUCAGGCAUCUUCCUCGGCUGGUUCCGGGGGGACACAAGCCAUGUGAAGUAUGAAAAUGGGCUUCCGACAGAAGAGGGCUAUGAGCUGGAAGUAUCGGCCGAGACUGUCUUCAUUGGUGGAACGGGUGCUCGUGGCAUGUUCUGGGGAACACGAACCCUGCUACAGGAGCUUCUGAUUGCUAAUGGAACGGCAUUGGCUCCAGGCCGGACAGCUGAUGCCCCCGCUUAUGCGACACGAGGGUGGAUGCUCGAUGCGGGCCGGAAGUGGUACACAGCCGACUUCCUUAAGGAACUAUGCACCUACGCCUCUUUUUUCAAAAUGUCCGAAUUCCAUUACCACUCGAGCGACAACUACCCCUUGAACAGAGGACACAAUGAGACGUGGAAUAAAGUCUACUCUCAUUUCUCGCUGUUCCCAGAGAACCCAGAGCUCCAAGGCAUCAUCGAGCGACACAAUGAGACCCUCUCAAGGCAGGAGUUUGAAGACUUCCAGAGCCAUUGUGCGCAACGCGGCGUUACUGUGAUCCCAGAAAUAGAGGCCCCUGGCCAUGCUCUGGCGAUCACGAAAUGGAAGCCCGAACUUGCGCUGGCAAAGAAGGACCUUCUCAACUUGACACACCCCGAUACCAUGCCCACCGUGAAGGCCAUCUGGGAGGAGUUCCUGCCUUGGUUCCAGACCAAAGAAGUUCACAUCGGAGCAGAUGAAUAUGAUGGUGAACUCGCUGAUGACUACAUCACCUUCGUCAAUGGGAUGAAGGACUGGGUCAACGAGACCUCCGGAAAGGGAAUUCGUAUCUGGGGCACUUACGAGCCGUCUCGAAACCUUACCGUGUCGGACGAUAUCACAAUCCAGCACUGGCAAUACGGACAGUCUGAUCCCGUGCAACUCCAAAAUGAAGGGUACGAGUUGAUCAACUCGAACGACUGGUGGGCCUACAUGAGUCUCAAAAACGACCAUAUGCCGAUUCUGCCAGCACCCUAUCCGCAAUUCUACAACAUCACACGAACGAUGAACUUCGCUAAUGUGCCUGGCUGGCAAUGGGAUCCGCGGCUUUUCAAUCAUGUCAACACCACCGAGCAGCUCCAACCUGGCGCGAGCGGGAAUAGAGGUGCAAUCCUUGCUGCCUGGAGCGACAGCGGCCCAGACGCCACGACGCAGCUCGAAGCUUAUUAUGCCAUGCGUGGUGGAAUACCCGUGGUCGCAGCUCGAGCCUGGUCCGGCGCACGCGGCCUCAAUGUUUCUGCGGAGGGCCUGCCCUCCACUCUUGAGCUCCUCAGCCCAAAUGCCCCGGGCCAGAACCUCGACCGACGGCUUCCUGGCCAACAACGUAGUCUAUCUGCAAAAGACCCGCUCGUGUCGUGGUCACGCCAGCCAAGUGAUACGGCUAACGUGAGCCUCGGCCGAAGCUCGUAUGGCCCACCGUACACACUUACCAUAAGAGCCUCUUCCGCGUUCUCGCUGACUGGGCCCGAUACCUCGCUGAGCAUCGAAAACGUCACGUCGAACGAUACGGAGACCACCACGCUCGUCUUCAAGACUGCCGACAACUGGCCUUACCCACUACGUUCCACUUCAGAAUCGGAUGGCCAUGACCCCGGGCACCCCGGCCGUAUCUGGACUAAUGUGUCCAGCUCCUCACAUGAUCGGGUGUGGGUGAAUGAUGAGUUCAGGGGCCGGUUUGAGGUUUUCAUCUUCGGCGGGAGGAAUACGCUGUUUAGCUGGAGCCAGAUGGCAUUGGUCGCGCCAUUGGGAGGUAUUGAGGGUGGCUUGGAUUCACUCGUUUUGGAGGCUGGGAUUGGGGGGACGGGACAGGCGCCCGGCACGACCCAGACAGAUCCCUCAAUCGCCAAUGGCUCCUUCAAAAUGCCUGAUGAUGGUUCUGGGUGGACGAUAUUGGCGAUAGUAGGAGCUGUGAUGGUCCUCAUACUAUGAACUUGAACGGGCGAUUGUUUCUGUUGAUUCCCAGGCUGUGAUGAGUGCGGCUGACUCUGGCCAUGAGGCAUGCACAGGUCAUGGUCAACUGGUAUGCUUCACAGGGGUACAGCCACAUGCUCCACUCAUGGCUUCAGCCACAGAUAUGGGGAUGUUUUUUGAAUUGCCUUGCGCUGAAGAGGCAACACAAUGGUCGUCCUAUUCCGGGUAAUAUCCUCGGUUGGAACGAGUCGACUACCGGUACAUGUAUAAAUGCGGUCCAAAGUUUGGAGUCUUCUGAAAUUGGGGACCAGCGGUAUUGCUUCAACCGCAGUUGCUUCCGAGGUUUCCCCUCAUCCUGCUGCAAGGUCCCGACUUGAGAACAGCAACGAAGUCUAGUCCAUAGCAUAUUCAUCUUACCAUCGCGUUUUGGACAGCGUGGAAUUCAAUUGAGAGUACCACCUCAG